CUGACGUCAGAGCGGCAGCAAAGAGACAGAGGCUGAGACACCGGGAUAUCGUGAUACUAAGCGACAGUCAAAGCCUGCUAGCUAGCUCGAUACACUGAGAGACCGUGGUCAUACACAGGGCAUUAAUACCAGCUUAUUCCCGUCUCCAACCGGGAUCAGGACCGGGGCAACAUCCCCCAACCCACCGGGACUAGGACCCGGGACCCCCGCCCGCUCCCGCCGGACCCGGGACCCCCCGAGCAGUCAUGGGCUGCACCCUGAGCGCGGAGGAGAGAGCAGCACUAGAGAGAAGCAAACAGAUCGAGAAAAACCUCAAGGAGGAUGGGAUCAGUGCGGCCAAGGAUGUCAAACUACUGCUCCUUGGGGCCGGGGAAUCUGGGAAAAGCACCAUCGUGAAGCAGAUGAAGAUUAUUCAUGAGGAUGGAUUCUCAGGAGAGGAUGUCAAGCAGUACAAGCCUGUGGUUUAUAGCAACACUAUCCAAUCUCUGGCAGCCAUUGUUCGUGCCAUGGAUACUCUUGGCAUUGAGUAUGGUGAUAAGGAACGAAGGGCUGAUGCCAAGAUGGUGUGCGAUGUGGUGAGCCGAAUGGAGGAUACAGAGCCCUUUUCUCCAGAGCUGCUGUCCGCAAUGAUGAGACUCUGGGCAGAUUCCGGAAUCCAGGAGUGUUUCAACCGAUCCAGGGAAUAUCAGCUUAAUGACUCUGCUAAAUACUAUCUAGACAGCUUAGAUCGGAUCGGAGCGCCUGAUUAUCAGCCGACAGAGCAGGAUAUUCUGAGGACCAGAGUCAAGACCACUGGCAUUGUAGAAACCCACUUCACCUUCAAAAACCUCCACUUCAGGCUGUUUGACGUUGGAGGACAGCGAUCAGAACGUAAGAAAUGGAUACACUGUUUUGAGGACGUCACAGCCAUUAUUUUCUGUGUCGCACUGAGUGGUUACGAUCAGGUUCUUCAUGAAGAUGAGACGACAAACCGAAUGCAUGAGUCUCUAAUGCUCUUUGACUCCAUCUGUAACAACAAGUUCUUCAUUGACACAUCCAUCAUCCUCUUCCUCAACAAGAAGGACCUCUUUGCUGAGAAGAUCAAGAAGUCCCCUCUAUCCAUCUGCUUCCCAGAGUAUACAGGUCCCAACACUUAUGAUGAUGCAGCUGCUUACAUCCAAGCACAAUUUGAAAGCAAGAACCGAUCGCCCAAUAAGGAGAUUUAUUGUCAUAUGACCUGCGCUACAGACACGAAUAACAUCCAGGUCGUGUUCGACGCUGUCACCGAUAUCAUCAUUGCCAACAACCUCAGAGGCUGCGGCUUGUACUGAUUCCUCUGUAUAGCAAUUUAUCCACUGGUUAAAAUAAUGCAAGUUGGUAAACUGAGAAGGCAAAAUGAAUUAUAUAUAUAUGUAUAUGUAUAUAUAUAUGUAUGUGUAUAUAUAUAUAUAUAUAUAUAUAUAUAUAUAUAUAUAUAUAUAUAUACCAUGUGUUUAGUUUUUCUCUAAGAGCUUGAACAGAAUUGGAUUCCCUGACAGUUCAGCCAAUGCAAAAAAAUGUAGGAGGUAAGGGAAUUUUAAUCCAUUUUCAGGUAUAACCUGUUAACCCAUUCAUAUAUGAAAAAAGUGAAUUGUACUGUAAAAUUUCUUUCAGAUCUUAAGUGGGUUAAACUAUAACUUUGUAUAAAUAGAGAAGAUAAAAUAUUUGAAUUCCUUAUGACGUGUUGCUUUGACACAGAACUUUCAGAUGUUUCUCUUCUGCUCAGCUCUUGAGUAACAAAGAAAAAAAAAAACAACCCAAAAAUCUAAACCAGGUAGAAGUGUUUGUGAGACUCGCAGGACAGUGUGCUCAGCUUAUGUUGGGGCAGUUACUGUGCAAGGGUCUGUGUGGAAUCAAGAAGACCCUUCUAGUCUGUGUAUCUCAAAGCAUUGGGUCCCAUACAUGUUGAAAAGUUAUCAGUGCCAACCCAGUCUGCGGAGCAGGGGGAACAGUCUGCAAUUUCAGGGGAAUACUCCUCUCUGUCCCUCUCUUCUCCACACUGCUUGAUGGACCCUCAAAUUGACGUUCUGCAGGUAGCAUGACCUUUGGCCUUUGUAAAAAAAGAAAAAAAAAAACAGAAAAAAAGAAAAAAAAACACAGCCUUCCUUAAAGUUGAUGUGUAACGUUUUCACUGGAAUAGUGGCUGCAUAGGAUGCUGUAAAUCUGGUUAGCUAAGUCUUUACAUUUAGAAGAAACUAAAAUGUUAUUUUUUUCCCACGUGCUUGUAGCUUAAUGACACCUUCUCCCUUAUUAUCAUUUUAUUUUCUUGCACCAAUUGUAAAGAGGCAUCUUAUCAAUUAUUUGUAACCCCUUUGUUGGCCAUGAGGCCUGCACAGUCCCAGACAAAAUGGAUUAUUAGCAAUCCAUUUUAUUUUUGGAGAACUGGAAAUAUUUCAUAAGGACUUGAAACCCUUCAUAGGAAAUUAAACCCAAAACAAACAAAAAAACUUUUCCAGGGUAGCUGAACUGUACAGAACUGGUGUCUUUGUAACGCCUCUAAUUAGGUCCCUAAUAGUCUGAAUUGUGUAUCAUUCACUCUCUGGGUUUGUAUAGAAAAAGCACAGCUCUCACUCUCCAGCUGCCGAAAUAUUUCCCCUUUAGACAUUUUCGCUCUAAAUCCGUGUAUUAUAAACUGAUAGGCUUCUUUUCUUUAAAUCUACUUUACUUAACCCCAAGUGAAUGCUUUUGUGCUGCUUUCUCUCCCCUUUAUCCUUCCUUUUAGUGAAUGGUGUUUUUUCUCUCAUGUGGGAUGUUUGUGCUGCGGAAAAAAAAAAAUUUAAAAAAAAAACAAGCAAAAAAAAAUUUACAAAAAAAAAAUACAAAAAACAAAUUUAAUCGAAUGUAGUGUUUACAUUAAAUCCACAGUUUUCAUGACCAAACCUUUGUCAUUUCUACUUUGAUUAGAACUCAAGCUUCUUCACAUUUCACUUGCAAAACUGAAGAAGAGCAGUCACAAAUGUUAAAGAAAAAUAAAAAAAACUGAAUCAAUAAAUGAGAGAGAAAAGAAGUUGGAGUGUUUUUUAUUUGUAUUGCCGAGCGCUCAGUUUGGUGCUGCCAGCGACUCUCGUGACUAAUGGAAAAUCGUGUGUAGCUUAAUAAAGAGAAUGUUUGUCUGUACA